AUGUCGAAUUCAAAAAAACCAGUGGAAAAAGUGCCAAUUGUUUAUCAUCCCGGGUAUAAUAUUGUUUUUUGGAAUUUGGAAAAGAUCCAUCCGUUUGACACACAAAAAUACAAACGAAUUCAUAAAAUUCUUGUAUCAUCAAAUCUCUUUGAAGCUGCUUCAUUUCACGAGCCAACACCCCCAACAGAGGAAGAAUUGUUGAACCUGCAUUCACAGAAAUACCUCGAAUCAUUAAAAAGUAAUACAGCACUGCAGCGAAUACUGGAAGUUCCAUUUGUGGCGGUUUUGCCGCAGAUUUUGAUGCGAAAAAAGGUUUUGGAACCUAUGCUGUUGCAGACAGGGGGGAGUGUAUUGGCUGCGGAAUUAGCGUUGCGAUAUGGGUGGGCUAUUAAUUUGGGAGGGGGGUUUCAUCAUGCACAUUAUAAUGGUGGGGGUGGAUUCUGUGUCUACGCCGAUAUUUCUAUGAUGGUUGGACAGAUAUUAAACAAUCCUCAGAAUCGAGUAAAUAGAUUGAUGAUUGUAGAUUUGGAUGCACAUCAGGGAAAUGGUCCAGAACGUGAUCUAGCUGACAACAAUAAGGUUCUAAUAGUAGACGCCUUCAACGCAAACAUUUAUCCACAUGACACAGACGCCAUAUCAUCAAUCACCACACCAAUACUACUCGCAACACCAGCGUUAAAGCGUGACGAUCAAUACCUUCCACUUGUACAAUCAAAAAUACUUCAAUCAUUCCGCAAAUUUCAGCCUGAUUUCAUUAUAUAUAACGCAGGAACUGAUUGUCUCGAAGGCGAUCCAUUGGGUGCGAUGGAUCUUACUCCCGAUGGUAUCAUUAAACGAGACGAGAUGGUAUUUCGAAUGGCGUUAGAUCAUAAUGUGCCGGUGGCGAUGGUAUUGAGUGGUGGUUAUCAAAAGAAAAAUGCGGAAAUUAUCGGUGCGAGUAUAUUAAAUUUAGUGAUGAAAUUUAAUCUUUUAGAACCAAAUCGGAUGACAUCGUUAAUAUAUGAAGAAAAUUCGUGA